AUGUCCUCUUCCAUCGAUAUCAGCAAGAUCAACUCUUGGAACAAAGAGUUUCAAUCUGACUUAACCCAUCAAUUAGCAACUACAGUUCUCAAGAACUAUAAUGCUGAUGAUGCUCUGUUGAACAAGACUAGACUGCAGAAACAAGAUAAUAGGGUCUUCAACACCGUUGUCUCCACCGAUUCCACUCCAGUUACCAACCAAAAAAGCUCUGGUAGAUGUUGGUUGUUUGCCGCUACCAAUCAAUUGCGCUUGAAUGUUCUUUCUGAAUUGAACCUAAAAGAAUUUGAAAUAUCUCAGGCUUACUUGUUCUUUUACGACAAGUUGGAGAAGGCCAACUAUUUCUUGGACCAAAUCGUCUCCUCAGCUGACCAGGAUGUCGAUUCACGUCUAGUGCAAUACUUAUUAGCUGCCCCAACAGAAGAUGGUGGCCAGUAUAGCAUGUUUUUGAACUUAGUCAAGAAGUACGGUCUUAUCCCUAAAGAUUUAUACGGGGAUUUGCCUUAUUCUACCACUGCGUCCAGAAAAUGGAAUUCUCUGUUGACUACUAAGCUAAGAGAAUUUGCCGAGACUCUAAGAACAGCUUUGAAAGAGCGCUCUGCUGACGAUUCCAAAAUUGUCACUCUGAGAGAGCAAAUGCAAAGAGAAAUCUUCAGAUUGAUGUCGUUGUUCAUGGACAUACCUCCAGUACAACCAAACGAACAAUUCACUUGGGAGUACGUUGACAAAGACAAGAAAAUUCACACUGUCAAAUCAACUCCAUUAGAAUUUGCAUCCAAAUACGCAAAAUUGGACGCUUCCACGCCAGUUUCAUUAAUCAACGAUCCAAGACACCCAUAUGGUAAGUUAAUUAAGAUCGAUCGUUUGGGCAAUGUCCUUGGCGGCGAUGCCGUGAUUUAUUUGAAUGUUGACAAUGAGACACUAUCGAAAUUGGUUGUCAAGAGAUUACAAAAUAAUAAAGCUGUCUUCUUCGGAUCUCACACUCCAAAAUUUAUGGACAAGAAAACCGGUGUCAUGGAUAUCGAAUUGUGGAAUUAUCCUGCCAUCGGCUAUAACUUAUCUCAGCAAAAGGCAUCGCGUAUCAAAUACCAUGAAAGUUUGAUGACUCAUGCUAUGUUGAUCACUGGUUGCCACGUCGAUGAAACGUCUAAAGUACCACUUCGCUACCGCGUUGAAAAUUCCUGGGGUAAAGAUUCUGGUAAAGACGGUUUGUACGUGAUGACCCAACAGUAUUUUGAGGAGUACUGUUUCCAAAUCGUAGUCGACAUCAAUGAAUUGCCGGAAGAGUUAGCUUCAAAAUUCACUUCAGGAAAAGAAGAACCCAUUGUGUUGCCCAUCUGGGAUCCAAUGGGUGCUUUGGCCAAAUAA